GGCAAGCGACCGGCCUGCCCCCAAAACCCCUGCUCUCAUCUCCGCCAAAACCCCAAGCGAAACCCUCCCUCUCCAGUCUCCACCUUUUCGCCAGCCGCCUGCUCGAAAGCAACCGCGGAGGGGAAGAGGCUGCGGCGCAGGAGAAGAACCGGCGGCGGCGGCGGCGGCGGUGUGUAGACUGCUGGAGGCCGGACAGGGCGCAAGCUUUUGGCAGCGGUGGUGGUUUUCGAAUGCAGCAGCAGCAGCACCUGAUGCAGAUGAACCAGAGCAUGAUUGGGGGCUACGCCUCCCCUACCCCAGUCACCACCGAUCACAUCCAGCAGUACCUGGAUGAGAACAAGCAGCUGAUCCUGGCCAUCCUCGACAACCAGAACAAUGGGAAGGUGGAAGAGUGCGAACGGCACCAAGCUAAGCUCCAGCACAACCUCAUGUACCUGGCUGCCAUCGCCGAUAGUCAGCCGCCACAGACGGCACCGUUGUCACAGUACCCGUCCAACCUGAUGAUGCAGCCGGGCCCGCGGUACAUGCCGCCGCAGUCGGGGCAAAUGAUGAGCCCGCAGUCGCUGAUGGCGGCGCGGUCCUCCAUGAUGUACGCGCACCCGUCCAUGUCGCCGCUUCAGCAGCAGCAGGCGGCGCACGGCCAGCUUGGCAUGGCCUCGGGCGGCGGCGGCGGCGGCACGACCAGCGGGUUCAACAUCCUCCACGGCGAGGCCAGCAUGGGCGGCGGCGCGGGCGCCGGCGGCGGCAACAGCAUGAUGAACGCCGGCAUGUUCUCGGGCUUCGGCCGCCCUGGCAGCGGCAGCGGCGCCAAGGAGGGGUCGACCUCGCUGUCGGUGGACGUCCGGGGAGGCGCCAGCUCCGGCGCGCAGAGCGGGGACGGCGAGUACCUGAAGGCCGGCACCGAGGAGGAAGGCAGCUAAGGCAGUGGCGCCAGCACGGGCGCCGGCGGCAGGAGCAGCAGGAUUAGCAGGUAGCUUUGAGGACCGAGGAGGGUAGUAGUGGUAGCUAGUAUGUGGUCGGUAAGCGCUAGGUCUGUUCCAUGGGAACCUGGAGGUGGUAGUGGCCAGCAUCAGCAUGCAUGCUGGGUCACUUGUUUUGGAUGUGCGUGGCAGGUUCUCUCGCCCAAGAUGAUGAUGUAGUAUGGAACGUUGCCGGUGCACUCCUGCGCUGACACUCUAUCUUGUGAUUGUUGUUGGAACGCCUUCAGUCUGGAAGAAGCUUUUGAAA